AUGGCCAGGACGGCAUUGGGGCUAGCUCGCACCCUACGGACCAAGGCGGCACCGCGCGCGCGCAUGCUCGCGGAGAAACACGCCGUGCGCGCCUCCGCGAACAUGCCCGACGCGCUGCAGGCCAAGGAGGUGGAUUCCACCACUAUCCGCUGGGUGCAAAGCAUGCUCUCAAGCAGAGUGGUUAGGCUAGACUUGCUUAACACUACACUCGAAGUGACCACUGUGAGAGGCUGCCCGCAGGGAGGUGUCCUAUCUCCCUUGCUCUGGACUCUCGCGGUGGAUGGACUUCUGCACAAGAUGGCGGAGCUCCGAAUCGACACUCAGGGGUACGCAGACGACCUUGUUGUGACGGUGAGGGGCAACUGCCAAAAGGUCAAAUAUCUGGGGGUAACACUGGACCAGAAACUGACCUGGAACAAGCAUGUGGACGGAACUAUACAGAAGGCUAGAUCAGCCUUGGCAAUAUGCUGUCGUUUAGCAGGCAACAGAUGGGGUCUAAAACCCAAAAUUGCCUUAUGGCUGUACACAUCUAUAGUGAGGCCGAUAGUGUUUUACACCUCUGUAGCAUGGUACAGGAAAACGACGCAGAAGGUAACAGUGACGAUGCUUGGCAGCCUGCAAAGAACUGCCUGUGUCAUCGUCACUGGGGCCAUGUCAUCCUCCCCGACGGCAGCCCUAGAGGCCAUACUAAAUCUACCGCCCCUUCACUUGCAUCUGGAAUUGGAGGCGAGAUCUAGUAUGCUUAGAACAGCGGGCGCGAGGAGAGGUAAUUGGUUAUCGCAAACUCUGAGACUGUUUAAGGAAUCAGUGUACGAUAUUCCUGUUCUUGGGAUGCCAGUCGACACUAUGUCACCCAAAUUUUGUCCACUCAAGCUUUACUCAGUGGAACUCCCCAAAAGGGAGGACUGGUCAAACAGUCAAAUUAAGUGGAAAGAAGGAAGCCUGAGGUGGUACACUGAUGGCUCCAAAUCCGGAUCUGAAGUAGGCUGCGGAGUAUAUGGUGAAGCGCCUAGGAAAAGCAUCAGCUUAAACCUAGGACGUUUUUGCUCUAUAUUCCAGGCCAUUCUAGAAUGUGCGUCAAUCAAUCUGCAAAGCAACUACGGCAACCACACUAUCUAUAUCCAUUCGGAUAGCCAGGCGGCACUCUUAGCCCUAACCUCUGAUGUCACCACAUCGAGGCUGGUUGAGAACUGCAGGCAACUAUUGAACAACCUUGGAGCCAGGAACAAGGUUGUUCUACGUUGGGUCCCGGGGCAUGCGGGUAUCGUAGGAAACGAGAAGGCCGACGAACUCGCGCGCGCAGGGGCUAAGGGGAAGAACUACAGUCCUGAGCCUUUUUGUGGUAUUCCCAAAAGCCUAACGUGGCUCACCCUAAAGACCUACUGUCACUACAAAACCAUUGAACUCUGGAGAGAAACAACAGGUUUGAACCAUUCCAAAGCGCUUAUCAAGGCCUUCAGCAAAAAGGCGUCCUCGAACGCCUUAGCGCUGUCUAGGAACCAACUGCGCAACCUGAUCGAUAAUCGAAGCAAGUACUUUCAUUCAACGUCCCACCUCACAUGGCGACCCUGCCAGUGCGGCCUUGUGCUGCACUGGCGGCGCGCCGCGCCAGCCAGUGAAAGUCAAGAAGAGUAUUGA